UUUGAGUCUUAUCAAGAGGUUCGAUAAAAAAACAACCCAAGUUCAAAUCAAUGAUAAAAAGAAUGUUUUCAAUGCUGUUUUUUUAGGAAUAGCCCUAUAGUCUGUAUGUAUAUCACACUACACAAAUGAAUGCAUGUUGUUUUCCGUCUCAGCCCCCAGGCCACCAAGCUGCAGGUAAUGGUAGGGGACGUCCUCAAGACAGAGCUGCCCUCGGAUUCAUUGUUCUGUCAUAACAUAGCAAUACCUGCAGAUUUUGACAUCAAGGAAAAAGUAGUGAAGAUUCUUGAAGAGACCAGCUUUGAUAAGAAGCGAGCCCGCACGAUGGAUAUUGAUGACUUCCUGGCGCUGUUGAACAGUUUCAACAAGGACGGCUUCCAUUUCUCCUGAUGCAAGAUGUGGUUCCAGUAUUGUCUGAUGCAGUGUGGGAACUUUCGAUGGACAACAGGCAGUGGGCUCUUCAUGGACAGUGAAGCUUCAUUUGUUUGUUUCUGUGAACACUGAACACUGUGACAUCUCCGUAAAAGACGACUAUGCUUGUCGUAAGAGGCGACUAACAGGAUUGGAUGGUCAGACUCGCUGACUUGGUUGAUGCAUGUCAUCCAUCCCAAUUGCGUGGAUCAAUGCUCAUGAUAUUAAUCACUGGAUUGUCUAUCAAUCACUGGAUUGGCUAGUACAGACUCGAUAAUUUACAGACCUCUGCAUAUGGCUGGAAUAUUGCUGAGUGCGGCGUAAACAACAAACCAACUGUGACAUCUGAAUGCAUGAAUGCCAGUUGUACAGUACACAUCGUCAUGAGCUGGAACACUCUGAAGUCUGUCAUGAAGCUUGUGUCAAGGAAUCACAGACACUGAAUAUCGUGGAACACUAUUGACUGCCAAGAGUGGUGGCUGUCAGUCUGACCAGAUGACAGGUAUUACAUUAGUGCCAAUACCUUGCGAUACCUUGAGGUACAUUGUGUGUACUGUAUCGUGACCUAUAUCAGCAGCAUGUCAUAUGGUAUGCAAUUGAAUUGCAUACUAUUUGCUGACAGUGUGUAUGUAUGUGUGUGCAGGAGUUCUCAAGCCACU